AUGUUGCUUGUUUAUUCAUUCGUUAUUUUGUUUCCUUGUUGGUUAUUGCGUAUCAGAUCUACCCCUGUUUAUGAUUAUAACCAACGGGUAAUUUUAGUUGCAAUGAUGAACACCAAAAUGAUAAAUGGUCAUCAGCGCUUAUUAGCACUUGUGUGGGCUGGGUUCUUCUUUGUGAACCUUAUCGCUACCACCCCCCGUGAAUAUAUACGCAUGCAUAACACUGCCCCGACCAUCCCAAUCUUGGCUAACAUUGGAUUAGAUUGGGCCCAAAGACUACAGGCAAUUUUCCUCUCCGCUCCGCACAUUGAUUUAUUCGAUGGCACACCUGAAAGUAAUGAGGCCAAAACAGACAUUGCAAAGCAAAUACUAGACCUAUGCCAGGAAUUUCAGCCCGGCUCCAACUAUUGGAAUCUCAAAGAUAUUGAACUCCUUAUAAACAGCCCACCAGAACAGAAUUCAGAUACAACAGAUAGCAGCCCACUCCAAUCCAGCAGGCAGAGCACACCAAGUACCUUUACAAGUAUACCCGCCAAUGAUCCUAACAAUGAACCAGAACUUUUCGAGGUCAAUUUAGAUUCAGGUGAUCAAUCCACCAGAUAUGCUUCUUCGGUUCCCCCAGCUCAACCCAAUCAACGUAUUUACAUGGUAGCACCACAUGCUUUAACGAUUAGAUUUUUAUACGCAUACACUCUACUCUUCCGUACUUGCGACCCAAAUGAUGUCAAGAAAAUAGCCAGACUAGCUUAUUGUCUGUUCGACGCCAAUCACUUUAAACGUUCGUAUGCCCGGGCACAGGACCAAGAGAUUAAUAACUUCAAGCAUAUUCUGAGCAUAGCGAUGUUUUUCGUGGCCAUGGCCAACAACAAGAACAUUGAGCUAAUCACUCGGCCAAAUAGUAUCUAUCAUACCUUUCUUACGAACCUCAUUCGACGGUUUGAAUUCCCCUUGUUGUUCACAGCCAAUGAGAUUGACUGGAUACCUGAGCUGAUCUCAAGAAUCUACUUUGACCAAGAAACGUAUGAAGCCCAUUUCCCCAAGGUCAAGAGUUAUCUGUAUAGCGCUAUGGUUAAGACGCUGUAUGAAAGCACACUCAUUCAGAACAAGGAGUCACAUGACCUCUUGCGAGGAAGCAAACUCUUAGCCUACCUCCACCCCCUUAACAUUGAGCUCGCCGCCAGAGGAGUUGCCUAUAGCUAUAACACCGCGACAAAAACCAUAACGCUCUCCCGAAUCACUCCUCGCUCACAGCUUCCUUCAAACGACUUCGAAGCAGCCGCAACUUGGCUCUGCACUAUCCCAGCAACCUAUACAGUCCACUCCCCCAACCCAAGUGUAUUCUACAUGUUUCUCUUCGUUAUAAAGCGGUACCUAGCGCCUGCUGAUUUCGAACGGAUAACUUUUGAAUACAUCCCGUCGGAAGACACCGACUUCAAAAGCCACCCCAUGGCCAAAACUAGUUUAAUAGGUAUAAUUAGCUUUGUCAUGUUGUUUGUAAUUGAUCUUCUAUGCCUGGCUUUUGUCUCGCCGGCAAUUCUAUUCUCAGCUACUCCACUAGUGAUCAUUUCUAUUGGUCUGCUCGCCACUGUUCUAGCCAGAAACGCUGCUCCUACCGAGGGAAAGACACCAAACAAGAUAUAUACUAUUGUUGCCAUAAGCGCGGGAUUGAUAUGCACCAUUUGUCUGUUACUGGCUGCAAACCAUCUACUAAUCAAUAAGAACAUGCCUAGCUACGAGAAAAGCCAGAUGGUCUCUCGAGUUUUAAUGAGUGGUACUAUACUGGUCGUUUUUAUCUCUUUUCUGACUAAGCUCAUCACCCAUUCCCGCCUGACGCCUGUCUUUCAACGCGUCUUUAAUCUCCUGUACGUUUUGGCAGCAUUGCUUGCCCUGGCUCCACCGAUUCUUGUUCUCUGUGGUCGUUUGCCUGAAGCCGGGAUUUUACUGAGAUCACAAGUCCUUAUUUUCUCAGCCAGUCUGUUUAUCUUUGGCAUUAUAAUCGACGUUUACUCUGUUCUUAUACAAGACGAUCAGACUGCUGCACCAACUCCACAGCAAACCGAGAUCAAAUACACCAGGAUAUAUGUUCUUUCCUUGGGUCUUGUUAUACUGAUUGGAGUUUCCUUUGUUUUGAUGAAAUACUACAACUUACUUGAUCUUGAUAUAAUAAAGCCGCUAGGCAAGACUCAAAAAAGUAGCUGA